GAGGGUUACUUCAAUGAGCUUAUUAAUAGAAGCUUGAUACAACCCGUGGGAGACAAUAAAAGUCCCUUUGUUGUGUUUGGAGAGAUGGAGGUGUAUGCUUGCCAAGUACAUGAUAUGGUGCUUGAGCUUAUUAUCAAGUUGUCAGCUGAAGAAGGCUUUAUUGCUAUCACUUCAUUGUCAGAUGGUGGACAAGCAGGUGUAUCUUCGUUGCAUCAGAGGGAGAUUAUCAGGCGGCUAUCCCUCCACAACAGCAGCGACACCAAUUCCUCAAUAAAUGAAAGAAAACUUCUGUCGAAAAUGAGGUCACUUGAUGUCUUUGGCCGUGCUGAUUUAAUGAUGCCAUCCCUGUCAAGAUUUCCUAUUCUACAUGUACUGCAACUAGAGAAUUGUUCUGGACUGGAUAACAAUCGUCUUAAGGAUAUCUGCAAGUUGUACCUCCUUAAGUUUCUACGGCUACAGGGUUUGAAAGUCUUUGAUCUCCCCGAGAGUAUUGGCAAGCUGGAGUCUCUGGAAACAUUGGACAUUAUAGGCGCCGAUCAUGAAUUAGCGAUAAUGUUACCACUGUCUUUUGGUAAACUAGGAAAACUUGUCCGGCUUCACGCUGAAAGAGUGGAGCUGCCAGAUGGUGUGAGUCUGGAGAAUAUGAAAUCGCUACAAGAGCUGACUGGCAUAUGCGCUACCUUGCACGCCGUGACAGAGAUUGGUAAACUGGGAGCACUAAAGGCCCUUGAUAUUAGCAUCGAGGAAACUUGCAAUUCAAAGGAAUUGGUUCACACGUGCCUCCAAAUGUGCCAGAGUUCAUUACAAGUAUUGGUGCUAAAAGCUCCAUUAAUUUCUUUUUCGCUGGAUAUGUCAAAGCUUCCUCCUGGUCUCCAGACCUUCAUGUGCAAUAGCUACUUUAGGGCAUUCCCCAGGUGUAUUGAUCCGUCGCUCUCCUGUCUCACUGUAAUGUCCAUCGGGCUGUGGCGUGCGCGUGUACAGCCUGAGCACCUUGACAAGCUUGCUGAGCUGCCAUCUCUUCGCUUCCUCAGGAUAACCUCACCACUUCCAGCGGAUGAGCAGGAAAAGCUCGUUAUUUACAGCAGCCCAUCUAUAUUCCCGUGUCUAACGGAUCUUCGGAUUUCGUGUCCCUUGUUGUUCCUUGAGUUUCAACCUGGGGCUAUGCGAAAGCUUCAAAAACUUUGCCUUGGAUUUGACGCCAGAAAGACCGCUGAGCAUUUUCAGACUAAUGACUUCGAUUAUGGAUUAGAGAACCUCCCUUCUGUCCAACAUGUCGUCAUUGAGUUACGGGGGCGCGACCACCCCGAAGCCCAGGAUGCUAUUAGGAGGACAAUUAACGAUCAUCCCAACCAUCCGUCGCUUGAUUUUUCCUAUAUGUAAGAGUUAAAGGACAGAAGCAGCUUACGAGAUUUAUUGCUCGUCAUGUACUCAGACAUUGGUACGGGAUUAGAGGCUAAGUGUGUUAUAUUUUCCAUGAUGAAGUCUAUUGAUAUGAUGUUUAUGUCAAAUUCAAAUGUUUUUUACCAUCCGUCAUUUGUUUUGAAUAAUUAUUCUUAUCAUGUACUUUAUUGUAAUAACUAUAGAUGCAUUAUCAUUGUGUUCUAUUUUGGAUAUCCCAUCCACAUACUGUAUCAAGUUA